AAAGAAUCAAACGCGCUCACUUGACGGCGUUUCUUCCUUGCUUCGAUCAAUAUCCUCCGAAACGAAGCUUCAGAGAAGCCAUCUGCAACAAGGUUUUCGUGUGGCCCUGAGAUUUACAGGAGAACUUUUCAGGUAUCUGAUUGCUUGUUGAACCUGCAACAAAGGAGAAAGAAAGCAGAAACUAUGGAGUACAGACACCUAGACGUAACCCUAGUCUCUGCAAAGGACCUCAAAGAUGUCUCGUUCUUCGGAAAGAUGGAAGUAUACGCUGUUGCAUAUCUGAGCACUGACCCUCGCACCAAGCAUCGCACCACAAUUGACCACUCCGGCGAUCGCAACCCGUCCUGGAACUUUCCGGUAAAAUUUUCUGUCCCUGAGGCCGCAAUCCAGCAGGGCCACGCCGCCCUCCAGGUCACCAUCCGAGCUGAAAAGGCACUCGGGGACAAAGAUGUUGGUGAAGUCAAAAUCCCCCUUAAAGAGCUGUUUUCCGGCGAACAGAACACUGCUAAAACUGUUACUUACCAAGUUCUGAAACCAUCAGGGAAACCGAAAGGAAGCUUAACCUUCUCUUACAUGUUUCACCCCAAGAUGACGACGACGCCCAAUGCCGGCUAUGCACCUGCCGGAAGCGGCUAUCCAGUCGCCGGGAAUGGAUAUCCAGUGGCAGGCACUGCAUAUCCGCCUGCAGCAAAAGCUGAGUCAUCCCCUUAUCCUCCUCCAAACUCUUCUUCAUCGUCUUCUUCUUAUCCUCCUCAGAGGAAGGCUGAGGAGCCUGUGAUGGCGUAUCCUGCCAAUGCUGCUUAUCCACCGCCUCCACAGAAUUAUGGUUACCCUCCAGCCCCACCAGCGAAUUACUAUCCUGCUGCUGGCGGCUAUCCACAGGCGGGUUAUCCUCCUGCAGGGCAGUACGGGUAUCCACCACAAGGGGCACCUCCAGUUUAUUAUCAGCAGCCCCAAAAGCCGAAGAAGAGUGGGAUGGGGGGAUUAGGGCUUGGACUCGGAGCAGGGUUGCUUGGUGGGCUGUUGGUUGGGGAUAUGAUCAGUGAUGCAGGCUCUUAUGAUGGCGGGUUUGAUGAUGGAGGUGGUUUUGAUUUUUGAGUUUGUGAGGGAAGCAUGAAUUUCUCUUGUAAAUGGGACAGUAGAGGAUUGGGAUUUGAUUUCUUCUGUUUUCUUGUUUUUCCUGUGCUUUGCUUUCAGUGUUUAUGAAGCUAUGAAACUCAAAAAUAGAAAUGGUACGAACUUAGAUAUGUUAUGAAGCUAUGAAACUCAAAAAUAGAAAUUCUAUGAACCUAGAAAUGUUAUAUGUAUGAUACAGGGUUUGAUGA